CUCACGGUAACAAUGCAGUCCUCGGGCAAAAUGGCGUCUCCCGACUAUUUAUCGUACGGAUUUUCCGUAAUCGUUGCCCUUGGUGGCGUUAUAGGAUACGUUAAAGCCGGGAGCGUACCAUCUUUAGCUGCUGGGCUGGCAUUUGGUGGCAUUUCUGCUCUUGGUGCCUACCAGACCUCCUCAAACCCAAGGAAUGUUUGGGUCAUGCUUGUGACAUCAUUGGUCCUCUCUGGCGUGAUGGGAUCAAGAUUUGCAAGAUCUGGAAAGUUCAUGCCAGCUGGGUUGGUGGCAACCUUGAGUGUUGCACAAGCUGUGCGCAUGUCUUACCGACUGAUGCAGAACUGAUAAAAUGGUUCUAAACAGCUUUGUUUUUAGCACAGUGUUAUGUUUUAUCCACCAGUGAUGUAGCUAGGUUUUGUUAGUGAUAUUCAAUAUUCAUCUUGAUUGAACGAUUAAAUGUAAAAUCUAAUUGCUGUAAUGCUAAAGACUUAUUCACAAAGAUGUUGUUGAUUUUGGUCCAUUGUGGUCAGUCCUAUACGUAAAAACCCUCCCCAUUCCUCUUUUAGACUGUAUUGGAUAUCAUGGAGAGGCAAAUGUGUAAGAAACACAAGAAUCUGUCAACAUUUUUUCAAUAAAGGAAUGUUUACAACAC